UAUUUUUCCUAUUUAAAACAAAAAUUCGCCAAUUCUUCACUCUUUUCUCCCCUCUCUCAUGAUUUUUCAACGAUUCUUCUUCUUCUUCUCCUACAACCCGUAAACCCACACUCUCAAUGGCCUCUUCAUCUUCUUCCGUUAUCCAGGAUGCGAAAGUGCUCAUGGUUGGCGCCGGCGGAAUUGGCUGCGAACUCCUCAAGACGCUCGCGCUAUCCGGCUUCUCUGACAUACACAUCAUUGACAUGGACACUAUAGAAGUCAGUAACCUGAACAGACAAUUUUUAUUUCGACAAUCCCAUGUUGGGCAGUCCAAGGCUAAAGUUGCCAGGGAUGCUGUGUUAAAAUUUAGGCCCCACAUAAACAUUACGCCAUACCAUUCAAAUGUUAAAGAUCCUGACUUCAAUGUUGACUUCUUUAAGCAAUUCAAUGUUGUUCUAAAUGGACUUGAUAAUCUUGAUGCACGCCGACAUGUGAAUCGCUUAUGCUUGGCAGCUGAUGUUCCUCUGGUUGAAAGUGGAACUACUGGGUUCCUUGGUCAGGUUACUGUACAUGUCAAGGGAAGAACGGAGUGCUAUGAGUGUCAGCCUAAACCAGCCCCCAAGACAUAUCCUGUUUGUACUAUCACAAGUACCCCAUCAAAGUUUGUUCACUGUAUUGUGUGGGCAAAAGACCUGCUUUUUUCCAAGUUAUUUGGGGACAAGAAUCAGGAAAAUGAUUUAAAUGUUCGCUCAAGUGAUGGUGCCAGCUCAUCAGAAAAUGUAGAGGAUGUAUUUGAACGUAGGAAAAAUGAAGACAUUGAUCAAUAUGGAAGGAAAAUAUUUGAUCAUGUAUUUGGGUAUAAUAUUGAAUUAGCUUUGUCUAAUGAAGAGACUUGGAAAAGUCGUACUAGACCGAAACCUAUUUACAGCAAGGAUGUUCUAUCUGAUGAACUGGUUCAACAGAAUGGAAAUUUAGAUAAAUAUUCUGAAUUUGUUGAUGGAUUAUCAGUUUCUGCCAUGGCAUCUUUGGGCAUGAAGAACCCGCAAGAUAUCUGGAGCCUUGAAGAGAAUUCUAGAAUAUUUCUUGAAGCACUGAGACUAUUUUUCACGAAAAGGGAAAAGGAGAUUGGUAAUCUGAGCUUUGAUAAAGAUGACCAGUUGGCUGUAGAGUUAGUUACUGCAGCUGCAAACAUACGAGCUGCAUCAUUUGGCAUCCCUCUGCAAAACCUCUUUGAAGCUAAAGGAAUUGCUGGUAAUAUUGUGCAUGCUGUUGCGACAACAAAUGCUAUUAUUGCGGGGCUGAUCGUCAUUGAAGCAAUUAAAGUGCUGCGAGGUGACGUUAAAAGUUAUAGAAUGACAUAUUGUCUGGAACAUCCAUCAAGAAACAUGCUGCUUAUGCCAGUUGAGCCAUUUGAACCUAACAAAUCUUGUUAUGUUUGUUCUGAGACUCCUUUAUUGCUUGAAAUAAAUACAAAUCGUUCAAAGUUAAAGGACUUUGUGGAAAAGAUUGUGAAAGCUAAGCUUGGGAUGAGCUUCCCAAUUAUUAUGAAUGCUUCAAACCUCCUUUAUGAAGCUGGAGAUGUUGAGGAUGACAUGGUUGCAAUUUAUGAAGCCAACCUUGAAAAGGUCCUAGCUGAACUUCCUUCCCCAGUGACUGGUGGCACAAUGCUUACAGUAGAGGAUUUACAACAGGAAUUCAAUUGCCAUAUUAACAUCAAGCACAGAGAGGAAUUUGAUGAAGAGAAGGAACCUGAUGGGAUGGUUCUCUUAGGAUGGACUCAACCGGUGUCAGCUGCAGAAAAUAAAGACAAGUCUGUUGUUGGUAAUGGUACCAACAUGUCAGAUUCAGCAGUAACAUCCGUCGAGUCUGCAAACGAUGAUGAGAUUGGUAUAGUUUCUGCAGUGAAGAAAAGAAAGCUUCCUGAUGAUUCCGAUUCGAUAAAUGCUGCUGAUGAAGUGAGGAAUGGCAAGCAAUUGCAAGUAAUCGACGAUGAAGACGAUCUUGUUAUGCUUGAUGGGAACUUAGACAGUUUUAAAAGGAAAAGGAUGUCAUAGUCUAUGAUGACUAAUAUCUGAAUGGAUUCUUGCAUUCUAAUUUAUUAGAGGUUUGGGAAUUCUUUAGGCCAUAGUUGAUCUAGGUUUGCUGCUAUCAGCCUUUUGUUUUGGUUACAUACAAUCUUUUUCCCUUGUGGUUUUUCUCUGUAGCAGCAAUGUAUUAUUCUUGCUGAUGCUGACGCCUGACAGAGGGUUAGUGACCUAACAAGAGUAACUUUAUCAUCUCACUUGAGAUUAGAAAACACAAGUUUUGCUUACUAGUAUGUGGCAUCCUAUAUUCCUAUUCAAUUACUGUCAUGUACAUUUAUUUAUCAUUGAAAUGUGACUUUCAACC